AUGAAUAUUGUUAAAAAUGAAGGUGAAUUAGAUGGAACUGUCGAAGGUUCCUUAUUCAUUGAUUUGCACGAACGACAUCAAAUUCAACCAGCAAAAUAUAUUGUUCAGUGGAAGCAACGAAUUUAUAGUAAAGGUAAAAUGGAUGAAAGUGGUUGGAUUACUGCAUCGAUCGAAACAGAACCAGAAAUUCGUGUGAUUGGAAUGAUUCCAGAAACAUACUAUCGAUUCAUGGUGACAGCUGUUGGUCCUGAUGGACGCAUUGGAGGUGCAGUUUUAAGUGAAUGGGGCGAGGCACUAAAGCUCGAUAAGCCAUUAUAUCCACCAUUGGGUCCGCUCAAAGUAAUGACAAAAUUUGACAAUGAAAAUGGUGUAUCGGCGCUUAUUUCUUGGCCAUAUUCACCACCUAUGCGGCAACCAACGAUAAACUUAUCUGAAGAUAUACUGGCUGCAAUCGGCACUUGUUAUUAUCGAAUUAUUGCUUCCAAUUCUACUCAUCUUAUUACAUCUGAAUUUUCAUUGGAUGUUGGAAUUGGUUAUCUCUUUUCGCAUUUGCAAUUCGCUAAUGAAUACAUCGUUUCCUUAUAUAGUUUGCCAUCACUUUAUUAUUCGUUGGAAUUGAAUCUUUCGACGUCAAUUCAAACGAGAUUUACAACUCUUUCGUGCAAUCAAAUUUUUGGUCCUGGAAGUCUCAAUUGUGCUCCUGAGCCAGUUCAAAACUUGAGAGGCGAAAUUUUCCCUAAUGGCACAACAUACAUUCAGUGGACUCCAGCGAGUGACCACUCGUCUAUACUUACUUAUCAGUUACUGUAUUAUGCAAUUUCACAGAAUAGUUAUUGUGCGAUGAAUCCGGUUAAUAUGUACUUAGAUGCAAAACUAAAAAAUGCAUGCUUUAUGAAUUUUAUGCAAAUUUUUAUCGCUUAUCAUCACUAUGACAAAAGCGAAUUUCAGACGGUAUCAUCAGCCACAAUAAUACUUUCACCGAGCUAUCCAUGCGAAUAUCUGAUAAGAUUAACGAAUUAUGAUUUAUUAGGUAGUAAUCUCUUACAUAUUACUAUACCAUAUCUAGUCAAUCGCAGAAAACUUUUGUAA